AUGUUCCCUCAACGCCCUAUGUUCCGCGCUGCUCAGCAGCUGCGCAGCGCUCCCGUCCGCUCUGCCUUCCAGCGCCGCUUCAACGGCACCGACUCCAAGCUUCCCUGGAUGGUCGACAACGAGUUCAACCGCGAGAGAGCUGCCGUCAAGCACCACGCCGCUGCCACCAGUGACCUGUGGCGCAAGCUCUCCUAUGCCGUCGUUCCCUGCCUGAUCCUUGCCGGCCUCAACGCCUACAACCUUUGGAACGAGCAUUGGGAGCACUGGGAGCACAUGCCUCCUCUUGAGGAACGUGUCGAGUACCCCUACCAGAACAUCCGUGUGAAGAACUUCGCCUGGGGUGACGGAGACAAGACCUUCUUCUGGAACUCCGACGUCAACUACCACAACAAGGAGAAGGCCACCUAA